AUGGGGGUCGUCCUCCAGUCCCUCGCUGAUCGCGGGCUAUGGGGUAACUCUGGGGGUGUGUACCUGAUGAUUCUAUCCGUCUUUGUCCUGGGAUUUCUGGCAUGGCAUCAUCGCGAGGACAAGCCCUAUCCGGGCUUCAAGCUCAUCGGUAAAGAACGCGGAGAAUGGUCCUACGAGAAAGCGAGGGAGAGAUGGAACAACAACGCAUUCGAGCUUCUCCGGGACGGCUUCGAGAAGACGAACGGAAAGCCUUUCCAGGUCCUCUCCCCCUUUGGGCCUCUCGUCAUGCUGCCGCCUAGCCUCUGCGAUGAAGUCCGCAACGAUAAGCGCCUUACCUUUACCGGGUUCAUCGACAGGCAAUGGCUCACCCGCUACUCGGGCCUCAGCAUCCUUCAAGACGGUUUGAAAUGGGAAAUCAUCCAAGAAGCCCUGCGAAAGAACCUCAACCAGGAGCUGGUGCAUUUGACGGAACGAGUCUGCAACGAAACAUCCCUGAUCCUGAGCGAGGAACUCCCGUCAAGCGCCGAAUGGCAGCAGGUCCGAUUCUUCCCCGUCGCAACGCAACUCGCCGCGCGCCUGUCGACAAAAAUCCUCCUCGGCGACCGCCUCUGCCGUGACAAGGAGUGGAUCCAGGUCGGCAUAAGCUUCACCGGCGUUGUCCUCGGCGCCGGGCGAGCGCUCCGCGCCUGGCCCGUUCUGCUCAGGCCGCUCGUCCACCGCUUCGUCCCGAAGAUGAACUACCUCCGGGAACAAAUCAAACGAGCCCGUGAGAUAAUGGAGCCCGAGCUGGCGGUCCUCCGAAAGGAAAGGUCCCUGGGGGAGAAGGCCGUGGAGUCCCUCUCGUGGAUCGACGACGUUCGCCGUGGGCGGGAGUUCGAUAUCGUUGCCGGGCAGCUCUUCCUCACCUUUGCGGCGAUCCACACAACCUCGUCCGUGGUGACCGCCAUGCUCUACGACCUGCUGGCGUAUCCGGAGUACUUUACCCUUCUGAGGGAGGAGAUCGUGCGGGUGUUGACGGAGGACGGCGGCUGGAGCAAGAACAGUCUCUACAAGCUGAAGCUUAUGGACAGCUGCAUGAAGGAGAGCCAGAGGCUUCACAUCCUCGGACCGCACAUCAUGAACCGCAGGGCAGAAGAGCCCAUGACGCUCUCGGACGGGACCUUUCUCCCCAAGGGAACACUGCUCACCGUCGCCACGCACAACACGCGCGACCCGGCCCUCUGGGGCCCGUCGCCGGAGCGAUUCGACGGCCACCGGUUCCUCCGCAUGCGCGAGCGUCCCGGGCACGAGAACCGCUGGCAGUUCGUCUCGACGAGCCCCGAGUUCCUCGCCUUCGGGCACGGCAUGCACGCGUGCCCCGGGCGCUUCUUCGCGAGCAACGAGAUCAAGAUCGUGCUGGCGCACCUCGUCAUGAACUACGACUGGAGGGUUGUCGGGGAGACGCCACCGGGGAGCAUGUUCGCCAGCCGAUUUGUGCCGGACCCGAAGACGAUCAUCGAAUGUAAGGUACGGGUGCCGGAGAUAACACUCUGA